AUGUAUCAGCUGUUUUUGGAAAUUGGCUUCGAGGCCGAGCUAAACACAGAAGAGGACCCGGAGUUAUUAGAACCAGCGAAGGAGCUUUGCAAUGAGAAUCAAGAUACCAGGGCGGCAGCUAUAACGGAGCUUAGAAAAAUGGUAUUUGAACGAGAGGAAUGCUUUCCGUUCAGAACAGAUGAUGAAUUCAUGUUGCGGUUUUUGAGGGCCAAGGACUUCAUCGUACCCAGAGCGCAUAAACUGAUGGUCCGCUACUGCAACUUCAGAGAGGAGCAUAAACAUUUGUAUGAUGGAGUAGAUCUCUGGGGCUUAGGAAAAGUGAAAAAUGCAUAUGAAGGCAAUAUGUCUGACCGCCCAGACGUGGGACGCAUCGGUAUUCUGAGAUUUGGUGUAUGGGAUACCAACGAGAUGCCUAUUGAAGACCUACUACGUGCUGCGACGGCGAUUGCAGAGAUAAGUUUGCGACAGCCAAAGAUACAAGUAAUUGGCACUACUUUAAUCGUAGACCUCGAGGGCAUCACGAUUAAACACAUGGCUGCAGUGACACCCACAGUGGCUUACCAAAUUGUCUGUUUGAUGGGGUUGGCGAUACCGAUGCGCCUCAGGUCCAUCCAUCUGAUAAACUACUCUUGGAUGCUAAGCCCUAUCUUCUUUCUCUUCAAGCGCUUUAUACCUCAACAAGCCUGGGACGCCAUUCACUUCCAUGGUAGCGAUUUGAAGUCUCUGCAACGCCAUAUUGACUUGGAGUGCCUACCUCCUAGGUUCGGAGGCACUUGUAGAAGUGGAGCGGAUUUCCAACAAUGGUUGAAGAAAAUUCGGAAGUAUAGAACUGAACAGUUUGAUAAGGAUAUGAAGCAAUUAGGUUAUGUUAUAAAAGAGUGA